AUGCGAAAGUUGGAAUGGGACGACAUGGGAGUGAAGGUUGAUGGUCGGCAGCUACACCAUUUGCGCUUUGCUGAUGACAUCGUACUGAUAAAACCUAGCAUCAGCCAAGCGGAACGAAUGCUGACCGAAUUCGACGAAACACGUGGAUGCAUCGGUCUUCAGCUGAAUCUACAAAAGACGAUGUUCAUGCGGAACGGAUGGGUCUCGGAUGCCCCAUUCAGGCUCAACGGAACGAACGUAUCCGAAUGCACCAGCUACGUUUAUCUGCGUCGAGAACUGAACAUGAUGAACGACCUGACCCCUGAGCUGGGCAGAAGGAGACGAGCGUCUUGGGGAGCGUACAAGAGCAUCGAAGAUGUAGUGAAGAAGACCCGGCUCCGUGCUCACCUCUUCAACACCACCGUACUUCCUGCUUUGACAUAUGCUUCGGAAACCUGGGCAUUUCGCAAGCAGGAAGAAAACACGGUGAGCGCCAUUGAACUUUAA